GAAGACACCCCAAUUUGUGUCACUUAUUUGGCGAAGCGAGACUCAAGCCGCUCUAACAUUCACAUUUCAUGGCUUCUUCUCUCUUUGCGUUUCUUUCUUGGAAUUCUUCGCCUCUCACUCCAAGAUUCUUACAAACCCUAAAUUCUCCGUUCAACUCCCCUUGUUUUGUUUUGAAGCUAAAUCACACAUCUUCACUUAAAUCGAGUACUCAUAUCUCCCCUCUUCAAUCUCGACGUGUACGAAAUAAAACGCUCGUUUUUUCUGCCCAGACUAGUCUCCUGAAAGUUCUUAAAACCGCGUGGAAUAUUGGGAAAGAUGGAAUUGAUGCAGGAACCAACCUAGUACCUGUUUCUGUGCCUAGACCUGUUGCUAGGAUCUCAGUGACAAUUGCAGUAUUGGCGGUUUCGUUGUUUGUUCUCAAGUCGUUUCUCUCUACGGCUUUCUUUGUAUUGGGUACAAUGGGAUUUGCAUAUUUCUUAUUCAUAGCCUUGAACAAAGAUGAAGCUCCUAAACAGGGAAGAGAAGAUAAUAUUUCUAGUUCCAAACCCAUUGAUGAUCCACUUGAAGAAGCAAAGAAUAUUAUGGACAAGUACAAGUAAGCUUAAGAGUUUGUCUCCUAUGACAGAGAUCUCAAAUGUAUUACCGAUAGAACACUUAGGCAAUACUGUAUGUUUUGUUUGAUUUUAAUAUCAACUCGCAAAGGUGUUAGCAGGGGAUUUGUAAAGGUCCGAUUCAUGAACUGUUACCUGCUCAAUCAAAAACAUAUCACGUCUCUGUUCCGGUUUGAAAGAACCGGGUUAUGUUGUGAGGAAAAUGUUGUCGAAUUAGCAAUCAUUGAAAAUUUGCUGCCACCUCUUGCAUUUUA